AUGGAAGAACUACUGGCGCCCGCUCGACCAGUUCGAAGAUCAACGGGAGUCAAGCCGACAACGUGCGAAAUGAGAGCUGGAGAAGGAAGCGAUGUAUCAAGGAGAAAGGAUACAGUAUUUGGUGCUAAUCAGAACUUCUGGGCUGAAGGUAUUACUACCGAUGGAGCAAAAUCAAUAAUGCAUCGGUUAGCUUCUGAGCAAGAAAAAUCUGAAAUGAGAGAAGAAACUACUGACAAUAUGGACAAAAAACAAGAGUCGCCCUAUUUUGAUAAGGAUGAUGAAAAAGUAUUAAAAGAAUUCGAUUUUUACCAUGGUUUCCUUCCACGUGAAGAUUUGUUUCUACUAGUGAGGCAUGUGGGCGAUUACCUGUUGCGCGUUAGUGAGGUCGACAAUGAUCCCACAAAAAUUCGGAGAGAGAUUAUCUUAUCGGUGUCAAUUGAGAGAGGCGGUAAAUCCCAGAUGUCUCAGUCACCAGGCACAGAAGGACGCAGAAAAGGGAAGCUGAAAAAUGUCAUUGUAAGAAGAAGAAAGAACAAAUAUCUCGUGGAGACGAAUCGCCUGUUCGAUACUCUUCCUGCGCUCAUGGAAUAUUAUAAGCACAACUCUGGAAGGCUCAAUAAGUUUACUUUUGCCUUAAAAAAUCCAAUCAAACAACAGCCAUGGGAAUUCCUGCAUAGUGAUGUAAAGCAAGGUGUACUCCUUGGACAUGGUGCUUUCGGUGAAGUUCGUGCUGGAACACUUCAGUUGAAAACUGGGGAGAACGUUGAAGUAGCGAUUAAAGUGACAAAAGGAUCCUCGGAUUUGUGCAAGGCUAAAAUCAAGGAGAUGAUGAAGGAAGCUCGUUUGAUGCGAAAUUUCAAGCACAAUAAUAUCGUUCGUAUCUAUGGUGUUGCUGUUGACGAACAACCACUUUUCAUCCUGCUAGAACUUGUGACAGGUGGCGCACUAAAUUCGUUCCUAAAAUCGAACGCAGGCAAGGUUGAAGUGAAGGAUAAGAUAAGUAUGUGCCUUGGAGCAGCACAAGGAGUAGAAUAUUUGCACGCAAACCGGUGUAUGCACAGGGAUUUGGCUGCUAGGAAUUGCCUUAUUACGAAGGAUAAAGUUGUGAAAAUCAGUGACUUUGGUUUAUCUCGUAUGGGUGUUCAAUACACUAUCCGCACAUCCAUGAAACUUCCAAUUAAAUGGCUUGCACCGGAAACAAUAGCCUAUUUUACAUUUUCCCUGAAAACGGACGUGUUCAGUUUCGGCAUAGUGGUGUUUGAAAUCUUUUCCGACGGAGCAGAACCGUGGGAGGGUAAAACUAAUGCAGAAGUUAAAGUGGCUGUGACUAAUGGGCAAUUUGUAUCGAUGCCACCGUGUUGUCCUGAACCUCUUCGGAUUUUUAUAGUUGAACGUGUUUUUACGAAGGAUCCUGCGCAACGAGUUCACAUCUCCGAGGUUGUUAGAGUUUUCGAGCGUUUGCACCUUGCACUUAAUGGUGAUGUUAGGAACGUUUCGAACGUGGAAAGCGUAGAUAGAAAACGAAGCAAAGCUAAAAGGAAACGUCAUUCCGGCAUUGUAAGCAUGUUUACAUCGAUUUCGCUCACUCCAAGAGUAUGA